AUGCCUCGCCGUGGUUUCCUCCUGCGGCCAAUCCGCGUAUUCUGCGGGCUCGCGAAGGAGGGGGGAGACGCGGGUGCUCGGGCGCGCCGGGCGGAGUGGGAGUCAGUCGUCAUCCUAGCACGAGAGGCAGUGGUCGCGGGAGAGGCGUCACUCUGCGCUGGUGGAUCUGGAUACUCUGAGAACACUACAAGGCAUAUUUCACAGCCAUCUGACGUGUUUGCAAACAUCAGAGGAAGGUCUCAGAACAUACAGCAGAAAAUCUUCGGUGGGGUACAGGCUGAAGACGACACGAAGUUUCCUUAUCAGGUGUCGGUGCGCAGGAACAACAAGCAUGUGUGUGGGGGUGCCAUCCUCACCCGCAGCUUCGUCAUCACGGCAGGACACUGCGUGGACGGAGCGGUGGCCCACCAGCUGGUGGUGGUGGCAGGCAGCAUCUAUCUCGGCAACCUCACCACUGUGCGGCUGGUCAGAAGAAUAAUACUGCACGAGGAUUUCCACUAUAUCUCAAACAACACCAUUCCAGUCAACGACAUCGCAUUACUACAGCUUAACGCUCCUUUGUCCGUGAACGGUCUGAACAUCGCCGCCAUACCUCUGAGAAACACCUCCAUAGAGUACAACACCUCUUGUGUCGUCUCCGGCUGGGGCUUCUAUGACAUGAACAUCAACUCAUUGUCCAUGGUAUUGAGGUAUGUCAUCGUUCCCAUAAUGCCGUGCGACAAUUACAACAGAACUGUGAAUUUAAUAAAACCUGGCAUGUUGUGUGCUGGUUAUCAAGAAGGUGGUAAAGAUUCAUGUCAGGGCGACUCGGGCGGGCCGCUGGUGUGCGGUGACUUCCUGGCGGGCCUCGUGUCGUGGGGCGCAGACUGCGCCGUGGCCGGCUGGCCGGGCGUCUACACCGAGGUGUCCCGCUACAGCGCGUGGGUCGUCGCCAACUGCGGCGCCUGGCCGCGCCUCGCUGCCUCGACCCUCCUCCUCCUCCCCCUCCUCCUGCACACACUGCAGUCCUCUGUGUAGACUCCGGUGUCCUGUGUGCGAGGCCUUUCAUGAGUGUACGAGUUUACAAAACGAUUGCUUGGUAAUCAACUGAUGUACAAAAAAAGUAGAACUAUUUUUGUUGAAAGCUUUAGUUUAUAUGAUGCUAUCUAAUGUACUAAAUAUUUUAAAUUUAUACUCACACAAGUAUGAAUAAAUUACUUCAU